AGUAAUUAAGCAGACACAUUAUAACCAAACCAGAAACCAAAGAUCAUUAGAGUUAAAUUAAGAAAAUGGAGGAAUCCAAUGUUGUUACCAAGAACAACCUCAUUACAACUUCUCCUAAAAAAAGUGACGAAGGUGCUCGUGUAUCUGCAAUGCUGCUUAGUACUGCAGUUGUGUACCCUGCAGUUCUGAACGCUGCUAUUGAGCUGAACUUGUUUGAGAUCAUAGCCAAGGCAACACCACACACUUCGUUCAUGUCAUCUCAUGAAAUCGCUUCCAAGCUCCCAAACCAACACCCUGACUUGCCUAAUAGGCUCGAUCGCAUGCUGCGUUUGCUUGCUGGUUAUUCUCUUCUUACCACUUCCACACGCACCACACAACACGGUGCCACCGAGACAGUUUAUGGACUCUCGCAAAUUGGACAAUACUAUGCUCCUGAUGCAGCUACAGGCUACUUCGCUUCAUUCGCAUCCUUUCUCUCUUGUCCUGCGCUCUCACCACUUUGGCCGAAUUUCAAGGAAGCAGUGGUUGAUCCAGACGUUGAUCUAUUCAAGAAAGUUCAUGGGGUAACAACGUACCAGUAUAUGGAAAAGGAUCCAAAAAUGAACCAAAUGUUUAACAGGACUGUGGCAGAUUUGUGUGCAACAGAUAUGAUUAGAAUACUUGAAAUAUAUACUGGAUUUGAGGGAAUAUCAAGGUUGGUUGAUGUAGGAGGUGCACAUGGACAAAGCCUCAAAAUGAUAAUCUCCAAAUACCCUUCAAUUAAAGGGAUUAAUUUUGAUCUGCCCCACGUUAUUGAGAAUGCACCACUGCUAUCAGGGGUUGAGCAUGUUGGGGGAGAUAUGUUUGCAAGAGUUCCAGAGGGUGACGCCAUGAUACUAAAGUCUGUGUUGCACAACUGGUCUGAUGAGAAGUGCGUAGAAAUUUUAAGCAAUUGUCACAAAGCACUGUCUGGAAAUGGGAAGGUGAUUAUUCUGGAGAUCAUAAUGCCAGAAGAACCAGAAGCAACCGAAGAAUAUAAGCUUUUUUCCUCCGUCGACAACCUAAUGUUUAUCACAGCAGGUGGAAAGGAAAGAACUGAGAAACAGUACGAGAAUUUGUGCAAGCUCGCUGGUUUUUCAAAAUUUCAUGUUGCUUGUCCUGCCUCCUCUGGUCCGGGAGUGAUGGAAUUCUACAAAUAAGUUAAUUGACAAUAGUUGAGGAUGUUAAUUAGAGUAAAAGUGUGAAGAUCAAACAAUAAAGUCUUCCAUGUGAGGUGUGGGGCCACAUUCUUGUCCGCUUUCCAUUUUCAUGUGAUGUAUUGUCUGCAGUGCACUUAAAAUAAUUUGGAUUUCAUGUCUUAA